AGCAUUAUGGGUUCAACAAUGUUAGAAAAUCUCGCAGAGGUUUUGAGAAUCCAAGAAAACAAACCCCUUGUAAAUUCUCCUACAGAUAGCGACGAUGAAGAAGAAGAAGAAGAAACUUUCCCAGAAAAGCCAGCAGUCUUAACCGAUUCAAACAAGUGUUUCCGAUGUGGUAAGAGGAACAUGUUCAUGAAGAAGGAAGGCUGCAUAGUUUGCUGCGCAAAGUACUGCAAAAUCUGCGUGCUGGGAGCAAUGGGUUCAAUGCCGGAAGGGAGAAAAUGCAUCGAUUGCAUCGGCUACCGGAUCGACGAAACCAUGCGAGAUUCACUGGGGAAGUGUAGUAGUUCUGGAGCGCUUAAGAGCUUGAUCUCCGAUCAGGAAGUUAAAAUGAUUAUGGCGUCGGAGAAAUCAUGCAAAGCCAAUCAACUCCCUUCCUAUCGUGUCUGUGUGAACGGAAAACGUCUUUCCGGCGGAGAGUUGGCCGUCCUGCAAAGCUGCCCACAUCCGCCGGAGAAGAUGAAGCCCGGGAGGUACUGGUACGAUAAGGUGUCUGGAUUUUGGGGAAAGGAAGGCCAGAAACCAUGUCAAAUCAUUAGUCCCCAUCUAAGAGUUGGUGAUACAAUCAAAUGUGAUGCUAGCAAUGGGAACACAGAAGUACUCAUAAUAAUCGAGAGAUUACAGGAUCAGAGCUAUUGAUGUUGAAGGUGAUGGGAAUCCAUUGUGAAUGGGGCGUUCACUUGUGGAUGAGUUUUGAUGGUUCUUAUCAGCAAGAGGGUGUGAACACUGUGAUGGGGAAACUCUGGGAAAAGGCUGGAGUAAAGCUUGUUUGUGGUGCUUUGUCACUGCCAACUCCACCUCCAGGCAAUUAAUCCUGCGAAUUCUUGCACUCAGGAAAGGGAUGUUUGGGCAGAUAUUGGCCAAUGUUUUGUCUCGACUUAAUCUUAAAUUUUAAUGUUAAAUAAAUCAAAUUUCUUCUUA